AUGUCAUUUUCUUGUAGAGAGAUCACAGUAAAACAUUCAGCGGCUGAGAGCAUGAUCGAGAUUGCCAAAACUCAGGACGAAGAAACUGGCGAUGGCACCACAUCGGUGAUUAUACUAGCUGGUGAGGUUAUGGCUCAAGCACAGCCAUUCCUUGAGCAGAAAAUACAUUCCUUCCUUGAGCCAUUCCUUGAGCAGGAAAUACAUCCUACCAUCAUUACCCAGGCUUACCGCGCUGCUUUGAAAGAUAUGGUAAAGCUUGCUGAGGAGAAAUUUAGUAAGCUUGUUGACAUCAACAAUGAGAAGGAGAUAGAUAGAGUACCUUACGGUUUGUUUAAUCUUGCUUGA